GGCGUUAGGAGCUUUGGUCGCUUCGGUUCGCUUUACGCCUUAAUUAACACUGGGAAGGACUUUGUGGAGUCUCUUAUCUAUUUGAUGACUGAACUAGUUUUCUUUCUUCAGUGUCACAGGUUUGUGUACCUCUUUUAUAUGUUUUGAAAUUUAUAUUGGUCAAGCAUGUCCUAUAAUUCCUAUACUAUGAUCAUGUUGUGGCCAAAUGGAUUGACAUUCAAUUUUUGCCCCGUAGUUGCCGAGAAUCAUGUGUUUUUACCUUAAAAAUUCAUAUUCUAAGUAAAGAUGAAAUUGAAAUGAUAGAGGGAGUGGAACAUAUGUUUAAGCCUAUGCUGCUGCAGUGGAUUGUGUUACACCCAAGAAGAGGGGCAUAGGGCUAACUUGAUACCAUAUUGGGUGGCAUUGUAUUUCCGGAACUAUGAUCUGCUGAAUCUUUCUUUAAAACAAAGAUAAGUUUAUGCAGAUCUCGUUUGGCGCGUAACCACCAAGGAUAAUUUCUCAUAGAAACUUCUGGAGAAGGAAAUGGCUAUUAAACUUGUUAUGAUCAACAAACACGCAUCAUAUUAACAAUUUAGACCUUCCAAAUGUCAAACUCUGAUAUUGCUACUUAGGGGUUGCAGUGUGUCAUGCCACAUGCUUUUCUUCGGCUAUAAGAGCCAUCUUUUAAUAAGUAUGAGAAAAUGUUCCUCAACCUUUCUGAGGGCAUGUCCUAGGAUGUCAUUGCAGUGUUUCCACAGUGUGUAGUGUAACCUUUAGCACACAAUUUUUAAGAGCUGUUUGCUGGAUCUAUUGACAUUUUUUGUUUCCUUAUGCAAUAGAAACAAAUGCCUUCUAGUUUUUGUCAUCUCUUGUAAAUUAAGAAGCCGUUGUUCAAAAUUUGAGGCCAGGCUUGAAAUUGCUGGAUUGCUGUCCGUUACACGUUGACUCGUUUAAAUACAUUUCCAAUGAAACAAACAAUCAAUUAAGUGUGUGUUGGAUGUGUGCUGAAUGACUAGGGAUUGAAUGGAACUGAUGCUUGAAUGGAUGAUGUAGUUUAAUGGGACCAUGGAUAGAACUAUAUGUUUGCCUGUUGGUAUUUCUUCAUCAUAAUCUUUCCAGUUUGACCGUAUGGCAUUUGCAGGACAAAUAUUGUCACUUUAUGGAUAAGAAAGAAUCUGGCAAGGAUGCGUCAGAUGCUGUGACUCGUGAGUCUCUAAUUGCCAUCUCUUACGCUGAACCAGAGGAGGAUAUUGCCCUGGGGCACUCACCUAAAGAUUUAAAGAGUGAGAAUGCAGUUGAAGGUACAAGUGGUGAUGGAGACGAGAAGUAUAGGUCUAAGCUGAUCUCAAUAUCCUUUCAACUUUCUCCAGACAUCAAAGCCCUACCAAUUCGGCCCGAAGAAUUUAAGGGUUAGGCUGGAUAUCAGGUUUGUCUUGUUGCUGCAAUGUAAAAUACUUUGUCAUGACCUAUUGUGAAUUAGUGCUAUAGAGUUUCAAAUUCUAUGGUCUUAGUGCUCUACUAGUGGGUAGUGCUUUACACACUUUACUAGAGGUCAACAUUACAAUGAAGUCAUUCCCACACGUAUAGAUGUUGGCAAUCACUACUCAGUUACUGUUUUGUAAAGUGUUUUUGCAUUUGUGAAUUUUUAAGUUUUUUAAGUAAAUCUGUUUU